CAUCAUCAGAGGGGGCGGAGUCUUUGUGUAUGUAUGUGAGGAUGUUUUAUCAGUGUGACCCAGCUGUGCCAUACUACUGAUACACAGAGAGACUUUCGUGACUCUGUGUGUGUGCUGGCAUGAGGUGUGAUCUGCUUUUAUUGAAGGUUUUUCUCUCUGUGGUGAGCAGUGAGAUGAUGGAGAUUCAGGCUGUUUGUCCUCACAUGUGUUCCUGUAAAGGUACUGUGGUAGACUGCAGUAAACGUGACUUGACCACGGCCACCCUGCCGUCCUCAUUCCCUCCUCAUACAUCUGAACUCCACCUGAAUGACAAUCACCUCACAUCACUGCCCAACAGCCUGCUGGACUCGCUGCCGUCCCUUCAUCUGGUCGUUCUUCACGGUAACCCGUGGUCGUGUGACUGUGGCAUCCUCUAUCUGAGAGGAUGGCUGCUGAAACAGAGGAACGAUGCUUUGAUACAGAACGUCACCUGUAUGUCUCCAGCACACCUGAAGGGUCGUCUUGUGGUUUAUCUGGUGGAGGAGGAGGUGUUGGAGUCGUGUAGGUAUUGGCUGUGUAAUUUAGCUCUGGCAUCUCAAAUCAGUCUCUUCAUCUUCAUCAUUGUCCAAGCUCUUCUGCUGGCCUUUGUCAUCUUCUUCCUCCGCCGUUUUGAGCGACUUACCAAAGAGGCUCGUCGGACGGCUGCAGAGACAUUUGCACCUGAAGAUGAUGCUCAUAGUAAUGAAUAUGUCAUGUUGAAAGACAGAAGAAUGUAGGUUGUGGGUCACAGACUUGUAUGAUAAAGCCAUGAUGAUGUAAUCCUUUUGCACGAUUUAUUUGAAUAUAUCAUGUAAAGCAUUCAUUAUAUGACAACAUGCUUUUUCUUACAUGCUUAAUGCAGUUUAAACAAGCAAAGUGAGGUUUUAUAAUGGAUUUACUGUACAAUUAAAUAAGGAAAAUUGUUUUUACUUUUUUGCACUUUUGUAAACUGUUAACUGAUCAGUUGGUGAAAUUGAUCUAAACAACUCUGGUCCAUAUUUACACGUGUAUGAAGUGUGUUACAUGUCUUCUGCAAUGUCACCCAAACACUUCUACAGUAUAUCACUUUUUAUCCAGGUCAUGACUUAUAAAUAAUGUAAGCUAUGUACAGUGUAAAAAAUUCUUUGCUUCCUUAAUUUUUUUUGUUGAAUCAACUCAGAUUUACUCUUGAAAGAGAUGAGUUGCAACAAAUUAUAAAAUGAAGUGGACUUCUUUCAAUAAUAUGUUUUAACAACUCAUCUCAAGAUAAAUAGGCAUAAUAGUAAGUUGACAUGACUUGUAAAUCUGAGUUGAUUCAACAAAAAAAAUUAAAGGGAGCCAAGUAUUUUUUACAGUGUACGUUUUCUGUAAAGUACAGUGCUAUAUAAAUAAAGUUUAACUUUACUUUAAGCAUAGACAAGUUCAUUAAAUAACUCGCUGCCCUAAACAUUUUGAAUUUGCUUUGUUAAACAAACAAAUAACUUAAAGUUAAAUGUACUUAGAAUUGUUGAACUGAACGUAAAACAUCUAAUUCCAGUAAUACAUUUCCUGUCUACAAAUAGUCAGUUAACAUGAUAAACUUUAUUUCAUAUGACUUAUUUUAACAUAGUUUUACAAAACUUAAUGAUGGGUGAUUUUGAAACACUGCUUCAUGAAGCACUGAAACCAUAGACUGUAAAAAAUGAUGGACGAUGCAACGCCACUUCCAUUCUAAUGAACUGAACGUAAAAUGUACGACGAUGGGCGCUAACAUGUUAAGCAAAAACAUCAGUUUGAAGCCAGGACAUGCGCAGACGGAGCCGCGGUAUCAAACUUACGCCCCAAACACUCGCAUGCCCAAUUUAAAGCAACACUAAAGACUUAUUGCUCUUUGCUCCCCCUACAGGUUAAAAGCAUAAUUGUUCAUUACCACUGUCGUAAAUACUGCAGCAUAGCUGGCUCUGAUUGGAUUGUAGGUCUGCCGUAAAGCAAGUUUUUGUAGUUUUCACUCGAACUACAGGACCACUACCCGACGGUUGGAAACUUCUUUAGUGCGGUUUUGGCCGAUAAAGGGCUGCAAAGCGAAUGUGAAAGUGCCGUUCACCCUGUUUCGAGUGGAUGAACCACUGAAACUUUUUUGGAAACGUUAUUUUAAGGUAAAAAAAAACCUCUUUGGUGUUGCUUUAACCACGCCCUUGAACCAUGCCCCUUGAAUGUCAAUCAUAACGACACGCCCCGUUUCUAUAGCAUCAAAUUACUAGCUAAAAACUGAACAUAUAUCAGCGUGAUAACAAGGAUCUUUCUGAACCUUUUAUUGGAAGUAUAAUAAUUUUUUUUUAUUUUGACCCGAUUCCCAUUUGUUUGCAUGAAGAGGGCGAGGUUUACGACUUGUACUGCAUCCAGCCAGCCACCAGGGGGCGAUCAAAGAGCCGGAGCAGCUUCCCUUUGUAGGAUGUAUGCAACAGUAUCUGUCUGCGUCCUGCAAGACGGAGGCUUGAGUCAGACAGACCCGACUCGAUGUAUGAGGCACCAUAGAUAUGUAUAAUAAAGGCUAGAUGUGUUAAGGCGGAGUCUCUAAAUCAUUACCUGGCGGCCAUCUUACCACAGGGAGCUCGCUCACUCGGAGCAUUGAGUUUUAAUGGUGCAGGUACUUUUAAAUGACCAUAACUUGCUCAAUUUUCUACCGAUUUUCAAAUGGUUUUCACCAGUAAGGGUUAAAAUAGAAUGUGUGAAAGCUGUCCCCUGUCCUCCUGUACUGAAUGACACUGGUUUGUUGCUCAUAGGACAUUUUACAAAAAAGCUAUUACAAAAACACCGCUCAUCAAGUUAUAAGGAAAAACAAGAAAACCUGCACUUUCCCCACGGUCCCUUACUUGCGGCUCCGCCAAGAGAGCGCUUUUCCAGCACAAUUGAGAUUGCGACGGCUUCUGCGGGUCAGUGGUUAUUAUAUCGACAGAAACCAAUGUUAAUGAAGGUUGUGAAACAUUAUCAGCUUUGCUCUUUUAAUAAAUAUUUUUUAUUUCGGGCUCAUUGCCGUUCAGUACUGAAUGUGUCACGAAUAUCCAAAACAAAACUAACUUUACUUCGCUCUAAAAGCGACACGUACACGCGUAUUAACAACAAAAUAACUGUAUGUAAACUUAUCAGCAUGAAAUUCAGACUUUUUGCUUUAAAGGGCCAUUUCAUCGAUAGGAACAUUAAUCUUUGUUGAAAGUGGGUCAUAUUUGUAGUCGAAAUGUAACAUAAAUUUAGAAUUUUGUGCCUAUUUGACCGAGAAAAGACAGAACGUGACUUUACAGCACAUUUGUAUGAAAAACUACAACUCCCACUAUGCACCACAAUGCACAGCUCUGCAAGCCACUCCCAUUAAACGGAACACGGCUUAGAUAUGAUAUUGUGUACAUAAAUGCCACCACAUUAAUAAAACAAAGAAAAUAGCCACCACUGUGU